AUGACAACAAAGCAACGAGAUAUCCACCAUGACAAGCCACAGUCCCCCCGAGCACAAUCUCCAUGGAAAAUAAGAUCUAUUUCCGGAAUUUUUGCCGUUGCUUCGGUUGUGUCGGCCCUGGUUCAGUUUGGCGUGCUUCACAAAUCUCAGGACCACCUGCCCGCCGGCGGGAAAUCCAGUGUACCCGUUGACAAGAGCUUCCUGCUGAAUCACCGAAGAGGAAUCCAACAUGGUGGCCAGCAAAAGAAGAGCCAACGUCGUCGCCAAGAACAAAUUCAGACCAGUCGAAAUCAUGAUAGCGUAAAGGAAAAAGCCAAGAUUGUAACACCAAGAGUGGAUGUGAAACCAAAUGAACUGAAGCUGCCAACGCCAAUCAUCGUGAUGGGUCUCCCCAAGAUGGGGGGUUCUACCAUUUAUGAAUAUUUCAAGUGUGGACUGGAUAGUACCGCUAGACUGAGCCAAUACGAUUGCAAGCCAGGCAAGGACCCCGACAAGAUUGGGAUGUCCUGUGGCAAACACAUGAGGCGAAACCUGGAAAAGGAACACGAACCAGCCUUCACAGGGAUGGAUACCUUUGACGUUUAUGCCCAAUUGGACGCUCAUGAAAAGAAAGGUGGCAUUACUCUUCCUCAAUGGGCGUAUCUUCAAGAAAUCCGCGACCAGUAUCCCAGUGCAACGUGGAUACUGAACACCCGGGAAAAAAGGGAAUGGGUCCAUGCAUUGGACAAGUGGGGAGAUUUGCGACAACGUCUCAUUGACCAUCAUAUCUACCCAGAGUUUUCAAAGGGGGUGGGUGCAAAAGAUAUUGAUAUGAUAAUCUUUGCACGAAUGCAUGAAGAGCGGGUCAAGGAGUUUGCCCAGUCCAAUCCAUCGCUUCACCUGGUAGAAGUAAAAAUUGAUGAUCCCAAUGCAGGGCAAAGCAUGGAAGCCACAUUUGGCAUAUCAAAGGAUUGCUGGAUUCGGAAGAAGAGAGCAUCACCCAAUGUCCCUCACGAUGCCGAUUCUGUUGUGUACGGGAAAGUCGUCAGCAGCGUGAAACCUACUGUGCCCAUCAUCAGACAAUCACCAAAACUCAAGAAGAAAGAAUCACUCAAUGUACCUCACGACUCCAAUUCUGUUGUGGACAGGAAAGAAAUCGGUAACGUGAAACCCACUGUGCCCAUCAUCAGACAGUCACCCAAACCCAACAAGAGAGCAUCUCGCGAUUCCAAUUCUGUUGUAGACAGGAAAGAAGUCAACAGCGUGAAACCUACUGUGCCCAUCGCCAAACAAUCACAAAAACUCAACAGUAGUCAAGGUGGCAUUGGAGUCAAACCCGGUGAACUGAAGUUGCCGACGCCAAUCAUCGUGUUGGGUCUCCCCAAGAUGGGUGGUUCUACUAUUUAUGAAUAUUUCAAGUGUGGACUGGAUAGUACCGCUAGACUGAGCCAAUACGAUUGCAAGCCAGGCAAGGACCCCGACAAGAUUGGGAUGUCCUGUGGCAAACACAUGAGACGAAACCUGGAAAAGGAACAUGAACCAGCAUUCGCAGGGAUGGAUACCUUUGAUGUUUAUGCCCAACUGGAUGCCCAUGAAAAGAAAGGUGGCAUUACUCUUCCUCAAUGGGCGUAUCUUCAAGAAAUCCGCGACCAGUAUCCGAGUGCAACGUGGAUACUGAACACCCGGGAAAAAAGGGAAUGGGUCCAUGCAUUGGACAAGUGGGGAGAUUUGAGACAGCGUCUUAUUGACCAUCAUAUCUACCCAGAGUUUUCGAAGGGGGUGGGUACAAAAGAUAUUGAUAUGAAUAUCUUUGCGCGAAUGCAUGAAGAGCGGGUCAAGGAGUUUGCCGAGUCCAAUCCAUCGAUUCACCUGGUAGAAGUAAAAAUUGAUGACCCCCAUGCAGGGCAAAGCAUGGAAGACGCAUUUGGCGUAUCAAAGGAUUGCUGGAUUCGGAAGAAGAGAGCAUCGCCCAAUGUCCCUCACGAUGCCGAUUCUGUUGUGGACGGGAAAGUCGUCAGCAGCGUGAAACCUACUGUGCCCAUCAUCAGACAAUCACCAAAACUCAAGAAGAAAGAAUCACUCAAUGUACCCCACGACUCCAAUUCUGUUGUGGACAGGAAAGAAAUCGGUAACGUGAAACCCACUGUGCCCAUCAUCAGACAGUCACCCAAACCCAACAAGAGAGCAUCUCGCGAUUCCAAUUCUGUUGUAGACAGGAAAGAAGUCAACAGCGUGAAACCUACUGUGCCCAUCGCCAAACAAUCACAAAAACUCAACAGUAGUCAAGGUGGCAUUGGAGUCAAACCCGGUGAACUGAAGUUGCCAACUCCAAUACUGGUGAUGGGCCUACCAAAGGCAGGGACUACCUCCAUCUACACGUUUUUUGAGUGCGGCCUUGAUGCUAAUUUCAGCAGGAUAAGUCACUAUGAUUGCAAACCAGGCAAGGAUCCGGAAAAGAUUGGCAUGUCUUGUGGCAAGAAAAUGAGAAGAAAUCUGGAGAAGUACCUCAAGCCAGUUUUCUAUGAGAUUGAUGACUUUGAUGUCUAUGCAGAACUUGAUGCCCAGGAAUUGAAAGGAGGCAUUACUCUGCCUCAAUGGGCAUACCUCCAGGAAAUUCAUGAUCAUUUUCCCAAUGCUACAUGGAUAAUGAACACCCGAGAUGAGAAAGAUUGGAUUCACUCGCUGGAUGCAUGGGGAAGUUUGAGACAGAGGUUCAUUGACAAACACAUCUACCCUGAGUUUCCAGCAGGGGUUGGGGCCAAGGAUUCUGACAUGAUUGCAUUUUCUCACUUACAGGCCCAACGAGUGAGGGAAUUUGCUAGAUCCAAUCCAUCGCAUCAUCUUGUGGAAGUCAAAAUUGACAGUCCGGAUGCAGGGAAAAUCAUGGCAGAUGCAUUUGGAAUAUCAACUCAAUGUUGGAGUCGAAAGAAUGUCAACAAGGACCACAUCCUUGAACAUGAAAGUGACUCGUUCGCGGUGGACUCUCUCUGUGGUGGCUGUCGCAGCAUUCUGAUGGACCACUUGGAACGAGGAAUCCAUAGGGAACGGUGUGGAAUCAAAAUCUACAAGGACGCCAAAGAACAAAACCUCACUAUCCUAGAGGCGGCUCGCCUUCUGGUUCAGAAUCCAGUCUACGGCGCCGAUUGUUUACCCUGUCUCCAGUGCAAACCUGCGGAUCGACGCUAUUGGCGCUACGACCACGCUGCAGUUCCUUAUGAGAAUCCGAAGACGUACUACCUAUCCUCUAUUCCCGACGAAAACCGCAUUCCGAGGACUGUGUUAGCCGACUCUCACACCAAAUUGACCAAGUAUUUUCUCAAGCUAAACGCUGUCUCGCACAACAAACCCAAGCAGUACUUGUUCGAGUACAAUCCUACAAUAGUUCCCUUGCCAAGUUCCAUGACCUUUCCCAAGCUCGAGAAAGACAACGGGAAGAUUGCCUACAUAUCUUCGUUUCGGGUGGCGACUCAACAGGGCUGUUUCAACGUUGGUACCACGCUGCAAAUGAUCGGAGGCGAGUGGGAAAACCCUGAGCGUCGUCCAGAGAAGAAAGAUUAUCUAGGACUGGCUCUGAUGAAGGAGGACUUGUCUGUCGUUGCCGAAAUCGUCAUCGACUUGCCCCGUCGAUUUCGCAAACGAGAAGACUUUCGCCUCUUUGUCUUACAUGGGCAGCUGUAUAUUUCGUCUUACUGCAAGUUGACUCCUUUGUGGGUGAAAGAAUCCAGCGGGGAAUCGAACAGCUUUUCAUUGGCGUUUGACAGAACGCAAACUAAGGUUGACGCUUGGCAAGCCAUCAACGUCUUUCCUAGUCCACUUCGUGCUUGGAUUGGAGCCGACAUUACGCAGUGCGCCACAGAGGAACUCGACAAUAUGCAUUUCAAGAAUCUCAACUAUUUUGUGUCGGCUUCGGGCGAUACCAUGGUGGAAACGUUUCCUUUGGGGCCUCAUAUUGUGCGGCCGGUCCACCACGUCCUCAACUCGUCGGCCCCAGCCCCCACGCGGGCGGAUGAUUUCAACGACACCAUUACAGCGCUCCAACCAAGCUACUACACAGUGGAUGAAUUGAUAUUGGCAAGAGAAAUGAGUUUCUUUGAAUCGGGCUUCACACAGGAUCGUGGAGGGGCUUGUUGCUCUAGAAUCGUCAAUCCGAGAAAAACAAACCAGACAUUGUGGUUGGGCAUUUCGCAUGUCAAAACUCCCCACGGCCGUAAGAAGCUUGAGAAACGAGGUCUCCAACCAAACCAGUACCUGUCCCGUUGGUAUGCGUUUGAGCAAACGCCACCGUUUAAGACAGUCGCCAUGUCGGGUGGGUUUUGCUGGCCUUCACCCAAAGCUGGCAAUGCCACCGGCGAUGCGUUCAAUCCGUUGGCACCCCAUUCGGCGCCAUGGAAUCAUUUUAACAUGGGCAGUCUCAAGCACAUUAAGUGCCCUGCAAUUCAUUUUGUUUCAGGAAUGACAGAGAAGUUGAACGAUCCAGAAACUCUCAUUGUGGCGUUGGGUGUAGCCGAUUGCACGCCAUGGUUUGUGGAAGUAAAAAAGGCAGACAUCAUUCAGCGCCUUUUCGAAGGACCACCAACAUAA